AUUUGUUAAAUAGAUCUUAUAUGAAUAGUAGUGGUGAGAGUGGGAGAAAGAGAGAAAGAGAGAGAGAGAUAGAGAGAGAGAGAGAGAGAGAGAGAGAGAGAGGGAGAGAGGGAAGUAAGUAAGUAAGGAAGAAAGGAGAAUUUAAAAAAAAAAACAUAUGAAACGAACGUUUACGUGAGUCGUUAUUUUUACAAAAAAAAAAAAGAAAGAAAGAAAAAAGAAAAAAAAUAGAAAGAAGGAGAAGAGGAAGAAAAAGAAACAAGAAAAAAAGAGGAAAGUAUCUAUAAUUAAGUAUUACAUCUGGCGUGUACGUUCGAACUUUAAUCUUCUUUUAAAAGAAUAGAAAAGAAGAGAGAGAGAGAGAGAGAGAGAGAGAGAGAGAGAGAGAGAGAAAGAAAGGGAGAGAGAAAAGUUACAUAAUGUAAGUUGAAUGAUUGAUGAAUAAUAAUAAAGAAAGAAAAAAAAAACGAAAGAAAGAAAGAAAGAAAGACAAAAAAAAAUACAAGAAGAAGAAGAAGAAGUAGUAAAAAUUCGAACAAAAAAGUAAGUGCUUAUAAUUUUUGUGCCAAGUAGAGAAUAAACGACAAGACGAGGCACAUUUUUAAAAAUUCUCCGUAUAGGGAGUAUAGGGAGAUAUCAGUCGUUUUAAACGAAAAUCAAAGUGUGUCCUUUAAUACGUCACGUAUAUAUAUAUAUAUAUAUAUAUGCAUAUACGCGAGUACGUUAUUACGUACGUGUGACGUGUAUCGAGUCUCGAGGACGAAUGAAACGAUCUGAAACGACGUUGUAGAAACGUUGUGAAUUUAUAUACAUACGAUUCGACACGAGGGUGAAGUUCAUUGAAUACGAAGGCGAAAGGUUCAAGGUCGUCAAAGCACUCGACGCGGAUUAACGAGAAGAGAGACAUGGAUGGAUAAAUAGAGAGAGAAAGAGAGAGAGAGAAAGAGAGGUGCAGAAAGAGAUAAAGAGAAAGUAGUGGGGGAAGUUUGGAUCGGUAGGGAAGAUUAUGAUCGUAUCUAGGAGGCAUGAGAAACGGCCAAGAGGUCCUUCGGAAUUGAAAAGCAUCCUUGAAAGACGUGAAGCUAUACUCAACAAAUGGCGAGACGAGGUGUGCAGCGGAGGUGAAUUGCCAGAAGUAGAGAUCAUAAGUCUGCUGGAGGAACAGAUUCCCAGGUAUCGUCUACGGGCCGACACCCUCACGGAAUUUCAAGGUUACGAGAACGCGGAUUGGUUUAUUCCAUCACCAGCGCUAAAAACUGAGGACGUCGAUUUGAAACUGUCGCCGGAACAAAUCCGGGAAACGCUCAACUACUUCCUUCUAUGCAGCAACCGGGUGAGCCAAAUGACCAAGACCUAUAAUGACAUUGAGGCAGUUACAAGGCUUUUGGAAGAGAAAGAAAAAGAUUUGGAAUUGACCGCACGUAUUGGUAAGGAACUGCUGACGCACAAUCAAAAACUUGAAAGUACUGUGAAUGCCCUGGAAGCUGAUUUGAAAGAGGCAAACGAAAAGAUUACGCAGUUGAAUCAUGAAUUGUUCAAAAAAACCGAACUUAUUCAGAUACUUACAAACGAUGUUGACGAGUCAAGCUCCGAAGGUGGUACACCAACAGGUUUGCGUGGUAUCAACUUGGACAUGAUGCAAAGGAAGAUAAGUACCUUGGAAGAUGAGAACAAACAAUUACGUAAUGAAUUUUCCAAGUUGAUACAUGAAACUAAUGAUACCGAGGAACAGGAGGCCCGUCUUGUAAAGGAUAUUGCCGCUCAACUCGCAAAUGCCAAUAUGGAGGCGGAUGGUAUGGCCGAGGAGCUUGGUCGACAAAAAGAAGAAAAUAGGUUACAACACGAGCAAAUAGUUAGCCUUACCGCUAAAUUAGCUGAAACUGAGCUCAGGUUAGCUCAGCUCAUGGCUGAACAUGAUGAGGUCGGUGCGACUCUAGUCAUUACCAGAGAUAAUCAGAACACCCUUGCCAGUGAACUUGCUGAAUUCAAGGAACGAUACGCCGAGGUUGUAAAUCUGCUAUCUGAAACGCAAGAACAAUUGCGUAAACAAAGAAAGCGGGGAAUGCCAACCGUAAGAGGUGGAUCGUUGUUUCCUUCGAUGGGUGCUGCGCCACAGCCAGACUCGAUAGCUUCGGAAUUGGAAUCAUCUCUAUAUUCGGAGCUGAGUCUGGAUUCUGGUAUCAUUACUGAUCGAACACCAACAUACAAGAAAGUAUUCGAAACGGUCCGUUGUGCCUCUCGAGCGUCUUACACGAGUGCAGAUAUGAAUCAAUUCCCUCGAAUAGGUUCUAUGACAACGUCAACUUUGUCGAGUGGUUCGAUGGGUCCACGCAUGAGUUGUGGCCAAGUUAAAUCUAAUAUGCCUUAUGGUUUUACGAGUUUGGAUUCGACUGGACACAGUGAAAGCGAAGGUUCCCUUUUCACUGAGUUUGAUGAUUACCCAGGACCACAAAGGAUUGGAGUACCUGGUGCACCAGGUGCAGCGGAUUUGGAAGCAGCUCUACGUCGGUUGACACCAGCAGAAGUGUUAGCAAGACGAGCAUGUUUAAGUACUGGUGCUGGAUAUAACUAUGAUUACGAUGGUGGUAUCCUACAUUCACCGCCAACCUUUUUACCGUUUGGUUGUCGAACACCUGACAGUAUAAUGUCAACUGGUAGCAGUGGUAAUCUGAGCGGUUUCAGUGGUAAUACUGGAAAUGCUUGGAGAGUUCCAGAGAAAUUACAGAUAGUAAAGCCAAUGGAAGGUUCACAAACCCUACAUCAUUGGUCGCAAUUGGCUACGCCUACUUUAGGUGGUUUAUUAGAAGAUAGGCCAGGUGUUAGAACACGUGGUGGGCGUGGUCUUGAAGAUCUUGGUUUGUUGACCUUUACAUUGUCGGAUUUAGAGGAAGAUGAGGAAUAUGCGAAUCCUGGUAAGCUCUUCCAAGAUACAGGCUCGGUUUAUACCUUUACGAAUAGCACGGUACUUCAUCCGGAUGAACAUACAAGCGUGACACCAAGUAUCGUGGGUAGUCGGGUCGCAACAGCACCUAGUAGCGCUGGAAAUUCCGGAAAAAAUAGUCCUCGUACUCGCAGCCGAAGUAAUUCUACCUCGACGUUCUCGACGACUCUUGGUCUGGCUAAGAUGCUCAAUGAGAGAGGAAUUAAGGCUGUGACACCUUCCUGUGUAGGUACUUCCUGUGGGGCGACACCUAGCGGCGAAAGAAAUUUCAUACCAACAGCAACGCCAUGUAAUAGCCCGGAUGCUAGCCCGCCAGCAACAAGAUCUACAUCACCACCGCCGCAGUCAUCGCCACAGCAAGAAAAUACUUCUCUGUCGUUUAGUCUGCUAAGUAGCGGAGCUGAAUUGUUGAAACGUACAUUCAGUAGCGAUACCUCGCAAUCGCAAAUUAAUAAAAGAACCAGAACGCCGAAACCUGCGUUGACGAGAUCAGAGAAAAAAGCAUUAACCGGUAUACGAUUGGUUGAGAAACUCGAAAGAAUAGGAAUCGAUGCUAUAAUGUCAACGACAGUCGGCUCGUCGAUCUCGCCGUUGGCACUUCAGGGUGCUUUGUAUACGCGACGUUCGAUGAAGAGUCCAAUGGCACAACUGACCUUCCUCAAGACCUCGAUGCCUUCCAGCAUCAGUCAGGAAAGAUUGUUCUCGCCUUCGUUAGCCUCGUCCUCUUCUAGCGUCGUUUCUGAAUCUAGUUCAAGUCCGACAUUGGAACAUAUGAAUAAUAGUAAGAGGAUGAACGAUGAUAACGUCGAUGAUGCUGGUGCUUCGGUUAUGUCAUCUGGUAAUUCUAGUUCAGAUUCGCCUAUAAGAUCAUUGAUAAUCGAAUGUGCGUUAGGUACUCAACAAAAACGCGAUAACGACGGUAGUAAACCAACUAGAUCGGAUUUAGGUAAAGUCAAAGGUGCAGCUAAUACCACAACACCAGUUACCAGAGAGUCCAUUACUCAAUCCGCCCUCGGUUCUAUCAGUUCACUUUUCUUUGGACGCAAGGGUGGUCUUUUGUAAAAAAAAAAAAAAAAGAAAAAGAACAAACAAAAAAAAAGAAAAAAGAAAUUUUUCCUCCUUUUCCAUUCUUUCUUUCCUUCCUUCCUUUUUUCCUUUCUUCCUCCUUUUUCCUUCCUUUCUUCCUUUCUCCCUAACUUCUUUUAUCUUUAUUUUUUCUUUUUGUUCCCAUUCGAUUAGCCUUCGAGCUAACGAUGAGUCGAACGUCGUAGUCAAAGUUUUAGCGGAUUAAUGGGUAACUUGGUACUUUGGUAGAAACAAAAUGGUUCCGUUCGUUCGUUGGUUGGUUCGUUCGUUCGUUAGUUCGUUCGUUCGUUCGUUCGUUCGUUCGUUCGUUCGUUCGUUCGUUCGUUCGUUCGUUCGUUUGCAUGUUCAAUUAAAAAAAUAUUGAACAUUGCUCGUACUAUUACAAACACAUUGCAUUGCUCUCAUCUCUGCGACACUUAAUUUUCGAUCAUCGAUCGGAUCAGAAUAUAUGUAUAUGUAUAUAUACAUAUACAUAAAACACAAAGACACACACACACAUACAUAUACAUAUUUUAUUUUUUGAUAAAUACUUAAUUCUUUGCAGUCCGACGUUUCUUCAGUUUUGAAGACUAUUUAUUUUCUUUUUUAACAUAUGUCGAAUAUAUUAUAAAUACAUUUUCCGUGAAGUUAAUAAGAUUUGUAAUUUGUAUACUUGAAUAUCUCUCAGGGUAUUCAUCUUAAUUUAAUUUAUCACUGAAGGUUUUAACUUUAAACAAAAUAUCAUUCCAAUUAAUACUUGGAUUAUCGAUAUGCCAAAGAAAAAAAGAAAAGAGAAAAAGAGAAAGAUGAAAAAAAAGGACAGGAAAGAAAAGAAAAAGAAAAUUGCCAUCGGACAGCAAAGCAUUAAUACUUUUAAGAAGCAUUAAUUAGAUUCCUAAUAAUAAUCCUCCUUAUCGGUACAGAACAUAUGACUCUUUUUAGUAUUGAUCAACGAUCAUAGUGAAAAUCUUUUAGUCUAAACAAGAAGGUCGAGUAAACAAGAAGAAAAACAAAAAAAGAAAAAGAAUUUAAAAAAGUUAUAUAUAUAUAUAUACAUAUACAUAUACACACAUAUAUAUAUGUAUAUAUAUAUAACAAAUAAAUAUACGAUCAAUCGUUAUGUAUUCACCACGAUGAUCGUAGGAGAGCAAUAUAAUUCUAUACGUAUAUGCUGAUGAUGAUGAUGAUGAUGAUGACGACGAUGAUGAUAAUAGUAAUGAUGACGUAAAUAAUAAAAAUGGCGUGCCACUGAUUAAACGCGAGGGUGAUCACUUCGGUCAUAUCUAACUGAUGGCAUAAAAAAUAUAUUGCGAAGAAACGAAGGCUGCUCAUAUUAAUGUAUAUAAGGACAAAGUUUUACCGCUAGUAAGUUAGGAAAAUGCGAAUUUAUCGUAGAACAAGUAAACGUGUGAUUUCAAAAAUGAUUACAGUUUUAAAACUAUAAUUUUAUUAUUGACAAUGACGACGCUACGACGAGGACGAGGACGACGAUGACGACUACAACGACGAGUUUUUAAAAAAGUUUGAUGAUGCGAGAACAAAUUUUUUCUUCUUUUUUUUCCAAAGCACAAAUAUAACUUUUAUUAUUAUUAUUAUUAUUAUUAUUUUCUUAGAUUUUUUUUCGGUGCUAAUUUAUUUUCUUACUGUUUUCCCUUUUUUUUUCUUUCUUUUUCUUUCUUUUUGUUUCUCUCUUCUUAUUCAUUUUUAUUCUCACUAUUACUUUUUUUUUAUUAUUAUUAUUAUUAUUAUUAUUAUUAUUAUUAUUAUUAUUAUUCAUAUUCAUAUUCAUAUUAUUGUUCUCUUGAAUAUUUGUUAUUUUUCAUCGGUUCCAUACUCCUAAUGACGAACGUAUGUAUCUAUAUACGUACGUAUGUACAUAUACAUAUUUAUGUACAUAAGUACAUAUAUAGAAAUAUAUUUUCUUCAGGACACAGAACCAGUCGAAUUAUCGAUGCUAUUGUCACUCUUUGUAUAUUGAAGAUUGUACAUUUAGCAUUUCGAUUCGAUCGAGUCGUGUUAAAUAUUGUGUAUGCGUUUAGAAAAUUAUUAAAAAAAAAAAAGAGAAAAAAAAAAGAAAAAUUACGAAAAACAUGCCGUUAUAAUCUUUCUCAAUCUUUUUUAUUUUCUAUCCUUCUUUCUUUCAUUUUUUUUUCUUUUUCUUUUUAUUUUAUCCUUAAUUUAUUCUCAAUUUUAUUUCGAUAGAUAGUCUCUAUUAUUUUAUGUAUAAAGGCAAACCAAACAAAUGUAUUAUAGCGUCGGGUGUUUAACGUUAACAGAAAAAAAAAAGAAAAAAAAGAGAGAGAUAGAAGAUAAAUAGAUAGAUAGAUAGAGAAAGAGACAGAGAGAAAGAGAGAGAGAGAGAGAGAGAGAGAGAGAAAAGCAGAAGAAAAAGAAGAAAAAAAUAGCCGACAAAAAAUGGAGCCUUGUACAUAAAACGUACAAAGUAUAAUAAAAUUAUGUUGGAAAUCUUAAACAUAAACCUGAGUUACUACCGUUCGUCUUCUAAGCUCUUCAUUAUUAUUAUUAUUAUUAUUAUUCUUUUCUAUAUAUUUCUUUCCUCUUUUUUUUUCUUUUCUUUUUUUUUUUUUUUAGUUCUUUCCUUUUCGUUGGAUUCCUCCGAAGAAAUGGCCUAAGAAAUUUUUUGCUUAGAAUAAGAGAACAAAAAUGAACGUAACGUAACAUUGUUACAACCAAAGAAAUACUUCGACGGAUACUUUUUAUAGGCUGAAAACAAAUGUUCCCUCUUGUUUUUAUUUUUAAUUUAAUUUUUAACUUUUAUAUACAUAUAUAUAUAUAUAUUUUUCUUUUCUUUUUCUUCUCUUUUUUAAUCUCUUUUCCAAUUUCCUCUACAGUGUUAUAUUUUAACGAAUUCAUUUCUUCUUCUUCUUCUUCUUCUUCUUCUCCUUCUUUUUUCUUUUCUUUUCGUUACUCUUCGCGUAUAAGCGAAAAGAUAUCGAGAGUGUGAGAGAGAGAAAAAAAAAGGGAACAACCGAAGAAAAAGAAAACUAUAUAUCACGAGAAAUGGAAAUGGAAAUGAAAAAUGAAACUAAAUAUAAAUAAAUAAAUAUGAUAACCGAAUGUGCGGCACGAGUGAACUUAAUGAAAUGAAAUAUGUCGUGAUCCAAUGGGUGACUUGCUAAGAGGAUUUAGAAACGUAGAAUCCACGAGAGGCGCCAUUUUUUCUUUUUUCUUGUUUCUCCUUUUCGAAAUUUUAUAGAAAUAUUUCUUCUAAUUUUUAACGCGAUCGGUAACAUUACAGACACGUUAAUCAUUACAUUAUUAUUAAUGAUUAUUUCAAUCCUUUACAAUGUUCAUCGCGACGAUCGCCUUGAAUCAAUAAUACAAAUCGUUUUUGUAUUAUUCCAAAUUUUCCAAUUCUUUUUCAACCUUCCUUUUUCUUUUUUUAAAAUUUAUUGGAGGAUUCUACGAUCUAAACAAUUGUAUCACAGAAAUAUUAAAGUAAUUACAUCGAGCAUAAAAAAUAAAAUCAAUGCACAAUUCGUAUUACUUAUCUAUUGAAAAUAUGAUGAGAUGAUAAAACAAUGAAACAACUAUCGUUUUGCGCAUAAUUCUCGCUCAAAAUGUGACUAAUAGUAAAAUACCGAUUUGACUACAUAUGUUGCUUCCGAUUUUCAAGUCUCCAAUUAUAUAUACGUAUUUAUGUAUUUAUAUAUGAAUACAUAUAUAUAUAUAUAUAUAUAUACAUAUAUAUACAUAUAUAUAUCUAUUUAUGUUUAUAUUUAUAUGUAUACGUAUAUAUAAAGUGAAACACACGAACGAAUAUUGACCUACGUAUCGUUAUUACGCGAUAAAUCUAAUAGAUAUAGCUUAGAAGUUCGAAACCGAGGCCUUAGAAUAAUCCAUAAAUCCUUAUUUUAUGUAUGUAUGUAUUUAUUUAUUUAUUUCUGUGACUAGUCCUCUCCGAGAAAAAUGAAACAAGGAAAAAAAAGAAGAUAAUUAAAAAUGUAAUAAAAUGAGUAUCGUUCUCGAAACGAUAGGAUAGUGUAUGUUUGA